CUACCUGUGUAUUGAUUGUUCUGGCUUGUUCACCACAUCAUGGAAUUGCAGCAGCUCGCUUUUACACGCAAUCUUUUCUUUGCCGUAAAUUCUUCGGAGUCUAGUUCGCAAUGGUGUGCUUUUGGCUUUAUGCACUGUCUCUGUUUGUCUACUUGUUCGUCUCUAAGUUUGUCUGUAUGCUUGUAGGUUAAUAAUUGUUCCUAACCAAAUCAGCAUUGUUGGAAUGUGAAAAUUCCUUUUAUUUAACUUGUCUGCUAUCCCAUCUGUUCGUUCCUAACCAUGUUACCUCUGUAGGAAUGUAGAAAAUGCCCCGUGUUAACUGAAGAAAUGUGCAAAUGAACGGACUAGGAGAGAGAAGAUUCAGUGUGCAGCCUCCCUACAUCGAGCCUCCAAACAGUGCGUCACCCUCUGAUGAUAACAGCUUCCUUUCUCUUCAACUAGCUUACAAUAACCUUACUAACCAGUUGGAGCAGUCGCAGCGCACAAACGAGACAUUGCACAACAAGUUGGGUCAGCUGUCAGUACACCUCAGUAAUGUGCAACAUUCCAGCAGUCAGAACGCUCAGCAGAACAUCACUCUCAAAGAGGAGAACGAGCGCCUGAAGCUAUUACUGCAGAAGACAGUUGAGUCACGGGGAGGAGUAAUACCCAGCGGUCUGGAUGUCACCCGAGAAGUGGAUCAGAGACUCAGGAACCUGGAGGACUUCUGCCAGAAGAUAUCAGACAGAGAGAUUGACAGAUCAGACCGUCUCUCAGCCUCAUCAGGUGGAAUCUCAAUCUCCAACAUUUCCCUAGUCAGCAGCGCUGCGCUGCUCUCCAGCGAGCCUGCGCCACUCUACAAAGAAUUCAGCAGCACCUCCGAGUACAGUAGCUUGUGUUCUUUAGAUCGGGUCGAUGGUCUGUCUUUACGGGAGAAAGUGCUGGAGUUGGAGACCAACGCUUUAAAACAGGACGCCAAGAUAAAGAUUUUAGAGCGGAAUUUGCAAGAAAAGAAUCUCAUAAUAAAACGACAGAAAGCCGAGCUAGAUCAAUACAGACACUCACCCCAACAUGUGUCAGCGUAUCCUAGAGAAUUCACACAAAGUCAGAUUUAAUCCCCUUAAUUCUGGCGGAAUCUUUUCUAAAAACAUAAAUCUGGGGUCCGUUCUCACCAUGUGACGCCUUUUUUAUACAGUUCCAAAUCUUAAUCCACUUUUUAUUCGUAAAUUUUUGUACCCAUAGUUCUGUGAAAAUGAAGUAACAUGAGAAUUUUACAUUAUAUUGUUUUCUUUCGCAGACGACGUAUGAAACGUUUUUGUAUUUACGUAAAAUUUUUCAGAAAAUUGUUUAAGAGAAAUAACGCAAAUUGUUGGCAUUUUUCACUUUUAGAAUUCAGUAGUGAUAGAGUUAACUUAGUUGAUUAGCAAUAAUACUAAAAUAUAGUACUCUAGAUUUAAUGGUAAUUGUGUACAUAUAUUGAGCAUUUUGCUUCGCCUCCGUUGUCUUAGUUCAAUUAUUAACGGACGUAAAGAUUCUUUAUUGAUUUUCCAAUUAAGUAUUGUUUUUCGGGAAUCAUUUGAUUUUGACUUAUAUUCAUUAGUAAACUACAUAAUAAUCACGCUUUAAUUCCCUGCAAUGAAACAGAAUCAUUUGAACUAUAUAUUUCACAUUUUGCGAGUCUGAAACGUUCCUGGAAUUUUAAUUUCAAGGAUUUUAAAUCUAUUUUGUAGAUUCCUGGGACCUGAUAACUGCGAAUGACAUUGUGAUUGCGGCAGUUUGUUCAGGCGAUGUAUAAUUCCUUUUGUUAGUAGAGUGUUAUUUUAGAAUUCUUACACUAAUUUAGUGGAUGUUUAAUCCAGUUUUUAUCUUACAUUCUUAUUUGAUGAAAA